AUGCUGAGGGGUAUGUUACUUUUCCACAACGCCGAGCAGGUGGUGCAGGUUGUCUGCGGUGGGGAACGUUAUGUGGCGGGAAGAGAGCAGAGCAAUCGCAUUGCUGUCAUUCCUCACGGCUCCCUUCUUGUCGACACAACCACAGGGAACAUUGCGGCUGUUGGCACAAACGACGAGGUGCAGGCAUUCGUGACGGCCAACAAGUGCAACGUCACAGACACCGUUCCGUGCGAGGGGAAAGUGCUGCUUCCGGGUUUUGUGGAUGCCCACACGCACCCCGUAUGGGAUGGGGAUCGUGCCCACGAGUUUACGAUGAAACUCAAUGGCGCCAGUUACAUGGAUGUGCAACGCGCGGGUGGUGGAAUCGGCUUUACCACACGCUGCACACGGGCCGCAAGCGAGGCGGAGCUUAAGGCGCUGCUACGUAGGCGGCUGCAGCGCAUGUUGUCAUUUGGCACAACGACGGUUGAGGGAAAGAGCGGGUAUGGGCUCGAGCGGGAUACGGAGCUGAAGAUGCUGCGUGUGCUGAAGCAGGCAAAUGAUGAGGGCCCCUUAACGAUUGUCAGCACGUUCUGCGGGGCCCACGCGGUGCCGGAAGGAAAGACGGCGGAAGAGGCGGUGCGUGACGUCGUUGAAGUGCAAUUACCCGCAGUCAUGCAGGAGCGUGCCGAGGGGAGGAAUGAUGUGCAGAAUAUAGACGUCUUUUGCGAACUUGGCGUCUUUGACCAUGACCAGUCGCGGCGUGUGUUGGAGGCUGGAAGAAAAUCAGGGCUAAUAAUUAAUUUUCACGGCGACGAACUGUCAUACGUCGCGUCGGGUGAGCUUGCCGGCGAGCUUGAGGCACAGGCGGUUUCCCACCUGGAGCACGUUAGCGACGAGGGCAUUGCUUGCAUGAGCAAAAGGCCGACCUUUGCCGUGUUGCUCCCCAUGACGGCAUAUGUCCUUCGCAUUGCCCCACCGCCUGCUCGUAAACUUAUUGAUGGCCACGUCCCUGUGGCUCUCGGCAGCGAUUUCUGCCCCAAUGCACACUCCUUGUCUAUGCCACACACGAUGAAUGUGUCGUGUGUGUUGAUGCACAUGACGGUGGAGGAGGCACUUGUUGCUGCGACAAUUAACGCGGCGGGCAGUUUGAACAUGAGUGAUCGCUGCGGCAGCCUUGAGGUGGGCAAGUGGGCCGAUGUCGUUUUGCUGCAUGCCCCACGAUGGGAGCAUGUCGUGUACCAGAUGGUUGAUCCCCCGAUUGAGGCGGUGUACAAGAAGGGCAGGCUUGUGUACAGCAAGGAGCUGCCUUGA